AUGAGCAAGUUCAUGAAGCUGCUGACCUUUGCUCUGAAGAUCGGCGCACAUUUCAUCGUUGGAAUGGGAGAGAUGAUACCUGACCUGAGCAGGGAGGUGGUGCACCUUCUGGACUCCUCGGCCAUGUACAGCGUGGCUGCAUCUGCCACGUCCAUGGGGGCUCUGGGCGCAGCAGCACUGUAUGGAAGGUCAAGGAAUGGUGGCAACCAAGGUGGCACAAGCGACAUGGGAGAGGAUAUGAAAACAGCCAGGCAAUGGCUUGUGGAUUUCUUGAAAGGGCAAGGUGUUUUGACGGGGAUGGACAUAGCACAGAGAUUUGGCCUGUGGCGUGUUCGAUACAGAGACGACGGCCACGUUGCAUGGAUCUGCAGGAAGCACAUCGCAGCAAGGGAAGCGGAAAUCUUCGAGCUGCCACUUUGA